GUCACGAAUAAAAAAGGUAUCCCUGAAAGAGAGAGAAGCAUUUGCAAGCAAAGGAAGAAGGUGUAGUAGUGAGCAGGUCAAAUUCCGAAAACAGGGUUCACCAAUUUUCAUUCUCAGAGACACACAAUUUUCCUUCAAUCUUCAACUUCAACGCAAGAUCUGACACCAUAAAGAAUGACCAUGGAUGUUAAUCAGUUGCAAGCCAAGCUGUGCGAACACCAAUCCGCCAUGUUUCAUCAGGGGUUUUUGGACGAUCAAUUUAGCCAGCUUCAGAAACUGCAGGAUGAGAGUACUCCAGAUUUUGUGCUUGAGGUUGUCACCAUGUUCUUUGAUGAUUCUGAGAGUAUCCUAAAAAAUAUGGCACGUUGUCUGGAACAAGUUCCAGCUGAUUUCAAACAAAUAGAUGCUUAUGCCCAUCAGUAUAAGGGAAGCAGUGCCAGUGUUGGUGCUGCCAGAGUUAAAAAUGUUUGCGCUACUUUCAGGCCUUUCUGUGAGACUAAAAACCUGGACGGGUGUAUGAGAUGUCUGCAACAAUUACAACAGGAAUAUUCUCUACUGAAAAACGGUCUUCAGUAUUUAUUCAGGAAAGAUAUUAAAGCUGGUGGAGGUUCUUUCUCAUAAUGCAGAGAUAUAUUGAAGUGAAGUCUUUCAUGGAGUAAUUGAGUUUUUUUUUUUUUUUUCAUUUUCUGGACUAUUAGUUCGCAAUUACGUCGAAAGUUUGAACCAUGGGACAGUGGUGAUAUGAAUAACAUUUCUUGCCUAGUUUGUCUCAUAUAUACACUAUAAGAUUCUUUUCUAAUCAUGUUAGAUAAAUUUUAGUUGCCAUGGUUAAA